CGCCUCGAGUUCUUCCCAGGACUAUAAAUGCCUUUUAAGGUGACAGCAGCUUUCAGAGACACCGCAGAGCUACCGGUGCACGACGAAGUGAAACUAACCAUGAGAGGUGCAACUACCUGCCUCAUCCUGCUCGUCACGCUGGUCAGCGCACUGGGCGCACCCAUUGCUCCAUGCGCCGGUGAAGAUAGGCUCCUGCCCGACAGCAGAAACUGCUCGGUGUACUACAGCUGCGAAUCCGGGAACAUCACGCGGCAUUCGUGUCCGAGCGAACUCCACUUCAACUCCGUCUCGCGGACUUGCGAACCCCCUUCUUCCGCCGGCUGUCAGACAGAUUCACCAACGAGUACGGUCGCAGACACGCCGACAGACCCUACGACCGGACUUCCAACCGAACAAACGACUGGCGAGUUUACGACAGAGUGCCUUGUAUCGGAAGAUGGGAUAGAAAUUUGUACAGAAUUCACUACAGAAGGCGCCACAGAAUCGGUCGAUCGAGGGGGUACGACAUAUUCUACCAACGAAGCGACUGUUGACGUCUCUACAGACAUUACUAUUGAGAUCUCUACAGUGGUUUCACCAACCGCGGACGAUUUUGUGUCUAAUUUACCAACACUAAAGCAAGAUUAUUUAAAUACAGUGACAAAUCCAGAUCUUGUAUCAGAAGUGAUCACCGAAGCUCAAGUGUCUGAGACUGGAUCUUCUGGCCAGCCUGAAAUUACUGUCAACACUGAAACAGCAACUAUUUUGACAAGUAAUGAUAACAUAGCUGCAGAUACUCCAACUACUACAGGAUCACUAGCUUCAUCGUCUCUUGCCACAGCCCUGAAUAAUACACCAGCUGCUAGUUCUUUGAAUUCCCCAACUGCAGUGUCACCAGACUACAUAGGUGACAUGAUUAAUGAUAGUUCUUCUGUCCCACCAAGUCAAAACAAUCUAUAUUUAACUACUCAACUGGGAACUGAAUCUGCAAAUGACCUACCUGCCAACGAUAUCUCAAAGAUAUCAGGUGAACCAUCAACAGUGUCACCUGCUCAGACUGUGGUGCUUUCUCCUGGAGAGAUUGGAAAUGAUUUACCUCCUGUGAGUUCAGACACUGCAUCAAUUCCAGCAGCAUCGAAUUCAGUUGCUCAGUUAGAAGGCGGAUAUGGCUUGGCACCUGCAAAUGAUGCAUCACCUGAUGGCCUUGAACAAUCACCUCCUGUAUCAUCAGAUUCCUCUGUACAACCCGCAGCACAGGCUCCAAGCAAGCCAGGAAGUGAUGUGAUAAGUGGGAGUCCUGAUAUCCAACCAGUUUCAGCAGUUUCAGAUGCCACUGCUCAGUUAGAAGGCGGAUCUGGCUUGGUGCCUGCAAAUGAUGCAUCACCUGAUGGCCUUGAACAAUCACCUCCUGUAUCAUCAGAUUCCUCUGUACAACCCGCAGCACAGGCUCCAAGCAAGCCAGGAAGUGAUGUGAUAAGUGGGAGUCCUGAUAUCCAACCAGUUUCACCAGUUUCAGAUGCCACUGCUCAGUUAGAAGGCGGAAUUGGCUUGGUACCUGCAAAUGAUGCAUCGCCUGAUGGCCUUGAACAAUCACCACCUGUAUCAUCAGAUUCCUCUGUACAACCCGCAGCACAGGCUCCAAGCAAGCCAGUAAGUGAUGUGAUAAGUGGGAGUCCUGAUAUCCAACCAGUUUCAGCAGUUUCAGAUGCCACUGCUCAGUUAGAAGGCGGAUCUGGCUUGGCACCUGCAAAUGAUGCAUCACCUGAUGGCCUUGCACAAUCGGAUUCCUCUGUACAACCCGCAGCACAGGCUCCAAGCAAGCCAGGAAGUGAUGUGAUAAGUGGGAGUCCUGAUAUCCAACCAGUUUCAGCAGUUUCAGAUGCCACUGCUCAGUUAGAAGGCGGAUCUGGCUUGGCACCUGCAAAUGAUGCAUCACCUAAUGGCCUUGAACAAUCACCACCUGUAUCAUCAGAUUCCUCUGCACAACCCGCAGCACAGGCUCCAAGCAAGCCGGGAAGUGAUGUGAUAAGUGGGAGUCCUGAUAUCCAACCAGUUUCAGCAGUUUCAGAUGCCACUGCUCAGUUAGAAGGCGGAUCUGGCUUGGCACCUGCAAAUGAUGCAUCACCUGAUGGCCUUGCACAAUCGGAUUCCUCUGUACAACCCGCAGCACAGGCUCCAAGCAAGCCAGUAAGUGAUGUGAUAAGUGGGAGUCCUGAUAUCCAACCAGUUUCAGCAGUUUCAGAUGCCACUGCUCAGUUAGAAGGCGGAUCUGUCUUGGCACCUGCAAAUGAUGCAUCACCUGAUGGCCUUGCACAAUCAGAUUCCUCUGUACAACCCGCAGCACAGGCUCCAAGCAAGCCGGGAAGUGAUGUGAUAAGUGGGAGUCCUGAUAUCCAACCAGUUUCAGCAGUUUCAGAUGCCACUGCUCAGUUAGAAGGCGGAUCUGGCUUGGCACCUGCAAAUGAUGCAUCACCUGAUGGCCUUGCACAAUCGGAUUCCUCUGUACAACCCGCAGCACAGGCUCCAAGCAAGCCAGGAAGUGAUGUGAUAAGUGGGAGUACUGAUAUCCAACCAGUUUCAGCAGUUUCAGAUGCCACUGCUCAGUUAGAAGGCGGAUCUGGCUUCGCACCUGCAAAUGAUGCAUCACCUGAUGACCUUGCACAAUCACCACCUGUAUCAUCAGAUUCCUCUGUACAACCCGCAGCGCAGGCUCCAAGCAAGCUGGGAAGUGAUGUGAUAAGUGGGAGUCCUGAUAUCCAACCAGUUUCGCCAGUUUCAGAUGCCACUGCUCAGUUAGAAGGCGGAAUUGGCUUGGCACCUGCAAAUGAUACAUCACCUGAUGGCCUGGCACAAUCGCCUCCUGUAUCAUCAGAUUAUUCUGUUCAGCCUGCAGUGCAAUCUCAAAGUAUGUCAAGAAGUGAUGUGAUUAGUGCAAUUUUUAAUAUUCCACAAGUGUUGUCAUCUUCAUAUUCCACUGCUCGGCUGGAUAGUGGACCUGGAAUGGUUCCUGCAAAUUAUGCAUCACAAGAUUCCGUUGCAAAGCCACCAGUUGUAGCGCCAUAUUAUCCUGCUCAGCCAGCAGUGCAAUUUCCCGUGUUUAACAAAGAUUCUAAUAUCCCGAUAAAUCUAUCAGGUUUAGAUGCAAUAGCUCAGUUGGCAGCGCGACCUAUCGUUGAAUCUGCGAGUUCGGUAUCAUCAGGUGGACUUGUAAAAAUACCGUUAUCGAGUUCAUUUGACCAGCCGAAAAUCCUGCCUCCUGGCAAGCCUGGAUAUGAGAACAGAGAAAGUUCUGCUUUACAGCCAAACCAAGCGGUGACUGACUCUUUGACACGAGCCAAAAAUUAUUUGUCUCCUGAAAACAUUGGGCUUUCGGCUGGUAUUCCUGAGAUACCUGUCGGUCCACAACCAAUUUUCCAUGACAACAAAGAUGCAAAUAGUUUUCCUGCGCCUAUAAAUUUUAAUUGGCAUAAUUAUAGGAGUCUUGCAACAGAGUCACCUGACCAAGAUUUAUCAGAUACUUCUUUGAAAUCACCAUGGAAGAAUAAUUUAUACAAUAUAAAACAUGAUCUUAAACAGAGAAUACUAUCAGAAAUCAAACAAUUGAGAGAAAAUAUAACUUCUGCUGCUUCAAAUAAUUCUGAUAUAAUUAAUAAAAAACUAGCUUAUGAAAUACGCAAGAAAAUUGUGAAAGAUUUAAUAACUAAUAUAACUACAAUUUUAAAUGAACUUCCAAUAAAGUCUCGUGAGUCGGAACUCAACUUGCCUCAGUUUAAUCCCAAGAUAUACAAAAGACUUGUAAAAGAAUUUAUCUAUAACGUCACAAUUGCAUUCCAUAGAAAUGCCGAUAUAUCACGUUUCCACUUCACCACUUCUAAUUUUUCUGCUGAGGACUAUAAAAUAUUUAUCAAAGAAUUUAUCAACAACAUAACUGCUAUCCGCAAUAAAUUCCCAACCAGUCACCAAACAAGGCGUCCUACCACCACCACUACAACAGAAAAAUCUCGAGCAAUGCUCAGGAAAACUUUGAAGAAUGACAGCAACUCUGAAUCUGAAGAGUCUGGAGAAUCAUUAAGUUCUAAAGUGGUAAAUCCUCCAAACGGUCGCAGAACAAUACAUCCAAGAGUCGAGCGGCUAACCCACAGAGCCCAGAAAAAGGUAGAGAAAGAGGAAAAGAAAAAUAAAGCGGAAGAGGAAAAGGAAAAGAAAAAGAAAGAAAAAGAGGAAAAGAAAAAUGAAGCGGAAGAGGAAAAGGAAAAGAAAAAGGAAGAGAAAGAGGAAAAGAAAAAGGAAGCGGAAGAGGAAAAACAAAAGAAAAAGGAAGAGAAAGAGGGAAAGAAAAAGGAAGCAGAAGAGGAAAAAGAAAAGAAAAAGGAAGAGAAAGAGGAAAAGAAAAAGGAAGCGGAAGAGGAAAAACAAAAGAAAAAGGAAGAGAAAGAGGAAAAGAAAAAGGAAGCAGAAGAGGAAAAGGAAAAGAAAAAGGAAGAGAAAGAGGAAAAGAAAAAGGAAGCGGAAGAGGAAAAACAAAAGAAAAAGGAGGAGAAAGAAGAAAAGAAAAAAAUGCACAAGAAUGACAGCGAUGAAGACUGAAUAACCAAUUUCACUGACGUAUAUUGUAAAGUUAUUUAAGAUAUAUCUUCUAAACUAUUUGUUCUUUUACACGAAAUAUGGUAAACAUAUUUUAUCUAAUAGCUCUGAUUUGACAACUAUUUAAUAUAAAAAUUUCAAUCUGUAUUUUAACCGACGUUAUGUGAUUAUUAAUUUGGUUUAAAUAACAUGAAAUGUAAAUUACUUUAGCAUAUGAAUAUGUUUCUAUAUAUUUACUUGCUUAAAUUGCGCAAUAUUAUGAAGUUAUUAACAUAUUUUUGUUUCAACGUUGAGAAAUAAAAUGAAAUUAUUUGUUGAACAAUAUUUUUUUUUUAAUAAAAAAUAUGAACUGUUUGCAAAUUGUUUACAUGCAAAUUUAUUUUUAUCAUUGCAAUGUGUUUAAUUAAAUUUGUGAUUUUAUAAACAUGUGAAUUUACUUAUGGCGAAAAAACUUUGGCAGUAUUUUUUUAUGAUAUGCGUAUGGUACCUAAAAAAAAAAAUAUAAUGGUUUGAAGGCUUUCCUGUGAAAUUAUUUACUGUUAAUCUUUUGCACUUGCAUUUUCACAUUGUAAAAUAUGCUUCAAGUUGAGGUUGUUAUUAAAUUUUAAACUUUAUAAUAAAGGAAAAGCAAAAAAUGUUAGACACUAUUCUUAAGCGCUAUAUUUGAUUAAAGCCUGGCCUAUGAAACUUUCUCCUGUUUAUAGGUUACAGCCAAAAUUAGUUGAUAUGAACUGAGUUAAAAUUGACAUUUACUUUAUUUCAAACUUAUUUCGAAUGUUACUUAAAUAAACAGUAACAAAUUUAUUCUUUUUUUAAUAUCAACACACAUUUUUAAUGCUUAAAUUUACAUUAGCUAUUAUAUUAUUUUCUUUAUAUUUUAUAUCAAGCGUGGGAUUCUUGAUUUGAUAGAUGGAUGCGUUUACUUAUUUUUCUUGAAAGUUUUACUCUGUUAAUCGUAAUUUACUAACAUUGAAACCUAUUUGCAGUCUCUGUUAUCUGUGUGUUAAGUGGUUCUCGAAUUAUUUAGAGAAUCACACUUUCACAAAUACAUAAUGUAUUGUUAAUUUUUUAAGCAAUCAUUGUGACUAUUUAUGGUCCUCAAGUUAAAAAUUACACUUCUUCCCUUUAUCACACACAACAUACAUUUAGUUUUAAAUAAAUAAUUUUAUAUCAACUUAACUUUUUAAAGAAGACACGUACUGACAGAAAAAUUAUAGUUCCAAUGGAAUGUAAUUUUUCGUAGCUACUAACUGCUAAUAAAAUAAAAUGGUGAAAAGUUACGUGUAAGCAUUUCUUAGUAGCAUUGGCCACAUAGAGCGUUGUAAAAAAAUGUGUGCGCAUAUUAGCUAAAGAUGUGUAACAUCUAACCUCGGUAACGAGCAAAAUCAUGUGUUCUCAUGUUACAUAUACACUAAUAAUACGAACCUCGUACACGAAAACAAAAAUAAUUCCAAGCUUCAUAAAUGAAGGCAAAAUAUUUUUACCACACUUCUAUUAGCUUGACCUGUAUGUAUGAAUAAAUUGACUAUGUAAAAAUA